CCCGGCCGACCGGCUGUCCGGCCCGAACCUGCAGCCACUGCCUCGACCGGCCGGGAUAUGGCCAGUUCGCUGGGCUCGGUGCUCUACAAGCAGUGGGCGAAGCGGGUGUUUGCCAUCGAGUGCGGCAGCAGCUCGGAGCCGCUGUACUUCGCGCUGAGCCCCAGCGCCGAGGGUCCGUGGGACGAGAGGUGCAGGUUGCACCGGCUGCUCAGCCGCGCCGCCACCUACUCGCUGUCAGUCGCCUCCGACAGCAGGGUCCGCGGUGCAGAGGCGUACGUGAGGCUGCAGAGCGAACUCGCCCGGCUGCCCGACAGAUGCCGAGUCCUGGAAAUGACCGCGUUCUUCCCCAACGAAGAGGGUUCUUCCAUCAAAGGGUUCCUGGUCCAAGACGAGGGAGGUUGUCCCACCACGGAGCGUGUGCUGCGGGAUCUGGCCCGUGAGAGCGGCCAGACCUGCCUGUGCACCUACUGGAGGGGCGCCGAGGGCAGAAUGUGGCAGAGCCUGGGGCGACACAGCGACGGCAGCCGCGGGGAGAUCCUCAGCAACUGCCUGGCCCUGGCCGAGAAACCGCAGCUGCACCCCUCCGUCUUAAACAUCAAAAACUCUGUUGUAUUCUCCAAGUAUGAAGAGGCUUGCGCCGUCUUUCAGGAGUGUGCCGAAUUAUUUCCUGAAGCCAAGGAGGUUAUGCAAAUAGUGGCUCAAUAUAAUGGGACUUACAAGAAUGGUCGAUUCCCAGUAAUUGUAAUAGAAGGGCUCGAUGCCACAGGAAAAAGUACUUUGACUGAGUCUUUAAGCGCAUCGAUCCAAGCAACACUUUUGAAAUCACCACAUGAUUGCAUUGGGCAUUUGAGAAAAGCUUUUGAUGUAAAAUCACCUCUAAUCCGGCGAGCCUUUUAUACUUUGGGCAAUUACAUAACUGCCUCCGCCAUAGCAAGUGCAUCAGAAACAUCCCCAGUUAUUGUGGAUCGGUUCUGGCACAGUACUGCGGCAUAUGCAAUUGCGACUGAAGUCAGUGGAAAGGUGGAGAACCUCCCUCCACCCCACCAUGAACUAUACCAGUGGCCCCAAGAUCUACUUCAACCGGAUUUGGUGCUCUUGCUCACAGUCAGUGCGGACGAGAGGAUCCGCCGCUUAGAACAGAGAGCGGAGAUGAAAACAAAGGAAGAAGCUGAGCUGGAAAUCAACAGCCUGUUUCGACAAAAGGUGGAAGCAACAUACAGAAGAAUGGAGAAGCCAGCUUGUGUCAUUGUUGAUGCUAGUGCAUCCAAGGAAGAGGUUCUCAAAACUGCACUUCUUAUAAUUGAAAAAUAUUGUGGCAUUAAAAAAACGUGACUUCAUGCAUUGAUACAUUUGGGCUGCGUUAAUUGAGUCAAAAAUAUAUUUCAUAUAAUCAAUGCAAAAACCUUGCAUGAAUGUAUUACCGGCAUCUCUUUUGUUGUUUUGGAUACGUAGAUAAGGCAUGCGAUGACAAGGCCUAAUAAAUAAAGUGAUCAACAAAUUUGCUUGUGACGUAUACUGCAAAGUGACUGAAAAUAUUUCUGCAGAAUUGUACUUGCCUCAGUGUUUGCUAGUCCCAUGUAUUUGCCUAAACAUACCAAAGUCUCCACAUCUGAGACCAUGGGUCAGUUCCCAGCUUCUCCACUAGCCAGGCACAGUGGGUCACCUACCUCGCUGGAACAUGCCGUGGUUUCCAUUCCAUUGAUUUCAAAUCAGAUCCAUUAGUAGGAGUCAAGAGUACUUAAUUGUCAUAUGUACCGACAACAGAACAAUUAAAUUCUUACUUGUAGCAGCAUUAUCGGCCAAGCAUAACGGGAAAAUGCUGCAUUCAGGCAGAUUACCACCCUGUGAAGAAGAAAAUCACCACCAUGACUUGGUUUCCUUUCUAAUCCAAAUAAAUGCAGAAUGUUGAUCAACAGUGAUCAAUAAUUUGAAAGGGUGUGAGGAGAAGUCAAUCAAAUAUGUCAGUCAUGUGAAAGGCAGAGAGUCCUGAGGAAAUUGUAUAAACUCAAUAAUUGCAGACUCCUAACUACAUCUUCACUGGACAGGGUCCAAGUUAGACUGAAAUAGUUGGUGAUGUGAGUAGAGCUACAACUGAUCCUCAACUAAACAUUACUUCAGUGUGAGUUAAAAUUUGGAGAGGAAUUAUAAACUGAAUCCUAAAAAAACUGAAAGGGCCUUCAAAACAUCGUAUUCCACAUUUUUCAGGUUAUGGUCAAGUGAUAUAGGAAUGAACUACUUUUGUGACAGGAAUGAGCCACUUUACAAUUAAAAUUGCAUUUAAUGUUUGUAUUUUAGAUUUCAGAGGUUCCAAUAUGUUCAUUCUAGAUGAACGAUGCAUUUAUUCUUAUCUGCACACAAUCUACUCUGUCCUACAAUAAACCGCAAAUUGAAUAUUGACCAUCUCACUGUAUUGAUCAUUUUUGUUAUGUACAAUCAUCCUGUAAUCCGGCCAUAUUUUGUAUGGAAUAAAAAAAUACACCCAACUAGUU